AACACGGAUUGUCCAGAAGUAGUUCGGAAACGGAGAGGAGUAGAGGACGAAGAAGAUAAGAAAUAGAAUGGCGUCAAUGUUGCUCGCCGGCGGCUACCGUAGCUUCGCAGGUCCGGCGGCGCGUGCGCUUGGAAUCACGCGCGAAGUUCUUAACAAGCACCGCAACAAACACGCAGCUAUCUGGCUUUGCCGGAGCUCAUAUAACAGUAGCACCGCACUUGCCGCCGAAACCGAAACCUCGAGAAUCGUCGCCGGAAACACAACCGUAGCUUCUUCUUCUUCCAACAGCUUCCCGAAGUACGAUCGAUUGCUUCCGUGUCCGUCGCAGAAAGCAACACCGAGAAUCGAACACUUAGUGGUAUCAAAAGGAGGACUAGUUUUGGAAUACAUCUGCGAAGCACUGGAUCUUCCUCCUUUGUUUGUUGCAGACCUGAUUAGAUUUGGAGCUGUGUACUACGCUCUUGUUUGUCCCCAGCCUCCUCCUACUGCCACGGAGGAGGAGAUUAGGAUAUUCAGGAGAGUCACUGACCCUUUGGUUUUGCGGAAGCGAGAUUCGGUCAAAGGGAAAACACUGCGUGAGGCGCAGAAGACUUUUCGUGUCACUAACGGGGAUCAGUUUGUCGAAGAAGGAACGUAUUUGCGAGUGCAUGUACAUCCCAAGCGCUUCCCUAGGUGUUAUGAGAUUGAUUGGAGAUCGAGGAUCAUUGCUGUGGAGGAAUCGUAUGUAGUUUUGGACAAACCUGCUGGUAUAUCAGUUGGUGGAACUACUGACAACAUUGAAGAGAGUUGUGCAACCUUUGCAACGCGUGCCUUGGGAUUAACAACCCCUUUGAUGACUACCCAUCAGAUUGACAAUUGUACCGAAGGAUGUGUGGUAUUAGCUAAGACCAAAGAGUUUUGUUCUAUCUUUCACGGGAAAAUCAGGGACAAAAAGGUGAGGAAGCUUUAUCUUGCUCUUACAGCUUCUCCUUUGCCUACUGGUAUCAUUACCCACUAUAUGCGUCCUAUUCGCAUGGCUCCUCGACUUAUUUCUGAAGAUUUUAUCAAGGGAUGGCAUCAUUGUCAACUUGAGGUCAUAGAUUGCAGGAAGGUCCCUUGGCCAACUACUAAUAUUCAAGACAAAUAUUGUGUUGAAGACUGUGGGUGGCCUUCUCAAGAUUAUGCAUAUGAGUGUACCAUUAACCUUCUUACUGGUAAAACUCAUCAGAUUCGGGCUCAAUUUGCUGCUUGUAAGGCACCACUGAUUGGUGAUUCUAUGUAUAUGCCAGCUGCAAUUGCAGAGAUGACUAAUCCUGGUCUUAAUCCAUUUGGUAAAUACAAUAAAGAUUUCAGUAGUGAGUGUGAAAGAGAAACGGCUGUUAUAAAUUGGAUUGCACAGUAUGGAAAAGAGCCAAGUGUUGCAAUUGGCCUUCAAGCGUAUCAAAUUUCAUGGGACGAUGGUGAACACUCUUACAAAGCUGGUUCCCCAUGGUGGAGGUGUGCAACUGCUUAAAAUGUGUGCUUGAGUUGAGGGAUGGGAGAUCAACUGCAAGGUUAUGUUUCGCCACAGGCUUGAGUUUGCAAUUGCUCAAGUUGAAAGCAUCCUCCUUCUUUGUUACUUCCGAUUCAUAUUCCUGAAAAGACAUGGUUUUGUAUGCUGAUACAGACAUUCAAAAGGCAUAAGAAGACCAGGUGGUCAUGAACCAGUGGAUGCUGGUGGCUCUUUCUCUGAAGUAAGAAUGCAAGGUUUCAUAAAGAAAGGAAGGCACCAAGGCAGUUUCUGUUCUCCAUCAAUAACCCCAAAAAUAAGGAUGAAAGGGUAACUUUCAUAAGAUGGUUCAAUUGUCAUCCUGGAACAGCCACUCUGUUGGGAUUCAACUUUUGAACAGGUGAGCCAGCGGAUACAGGGUAGUGGCUGUUCCGCUCUCUAUUGUGUUUCAGAAACUACCAUCUAUUCAUGCUCCACAUUCAGUUGCGUGUAUUUUACUCAACAUAUUCUACUUCAAAUCUCAUAAUAUAUAUUUCUAUGGCCACUCAGUUGUCAAGGGCCGUUUAACUACA